GGAAAAGACGCCUCCGUUCAAGUCGGGCGCCGAGAGAGGCAGCGGGACAGCCCGCGGUAGAAGAGUCUGGAUUAAUAAGGAAGAGUAGGAUGAAAUAGCACAGCUCAGGGGCUGCGUUUCUUUCUCGCUUCCACCUCUCCUGAAACACCUACAAGCAGCAGCUUUACGGUUGGAACGUGUAACUUACUUCAAAAGGCAGAACGCAGAUACUAUUUAAAGUAUGGCAGGUAUGGGUAUAUAUUAGAACAAUUUUCCCCCUCUCCCAAAGUUCAUUCCAUUGAAGCCAUGUUUUUACCAGGAUUUUAAUGAGAUUCCAGAUCAACAUCGUGUCCUGGCAAAACGCAUAUACUAUCUGUGGAUGUUGAACAGCAUCACACUUGCAGUGAAUCUGAUUGGCUGCCUAGCUUGGUUGAUUGGAGGAGGAGGAGCUGUCAACUUUGGACUGGCCUUUCUCUGGCUGAUAAUGUUCACACCAUGCUCCUAUGUUUGCUGGUUUAGACCAAUCUACAAGGCCUUCAAGUCAGAUAGUUCCUUCAAUUUUAUGGCAUUCUUUUUUACAUUCAUGGCCCAGCUGGUGAUCAGCAUUAUUCAAGCAGUAGGAAUUCCUGGCUGGGGAGUCUGUGGCUGGAUAGCAACUAUUUCCUUCUUUGGGACAAAUGUUGGCUCAGCAAUUGUGAUGCUGAUUCCAACUAUAAUGUUUACAGCUGUAGCCGUGCUGUCUUUCAUCGCACUGACCAAGGUUCACAAUUAUUAUCGUGGCAGUGGAGGAAGUAUGAGUAAAGCUCAAGAAGAAUGGACUACUGGGGCAUGGAAGAACCCACAUGUGCAACAGGCAGCCCAGCAAGCAGCUGUUGGUGCAGUCCAAGGGUCCAUGCAGAACCCACAGUACACAGAAUACUCAGACACUCCCAACUAUGCGUACAACAACCAGAUGUAAGCUUCCAGCGUUAAUGCACCUUGUUGGUUUACAAUGCAUCUCCUGGAUUCAGAAUCAGGUGGAAAGUGCAACAUGUUUUAUUUUGUCAAUAUUGUUCAGAGAUCAGGUGUUCAGAAAGCAGCUAAUAUUUGUGAUGUACACUAGAAUCAAGUCAUGGUUACUGUAGAAAAAUGUGCAAAAUAGUUUUAAAAGAUGUGGUUAUUGAUAUUGAAAUUGUGAUAUAUAGGAUCCUUCCAAUUUAAAGAAAAAUCAUGCACACAAAUGUAAUAAGGGUAGUCCAAUAAAAUGAUCAUCAGAUUAUUUCUGCAGGCAAGUACAGUAAAAUUCCUUGCCCACAUAGCACUCCCAGUAUUGAUUACUUCUGCCGUAUUUUAGAUCAAUGUUGUGAUUACUUCAAGGCUCGUUUGUAGAAUGCAGUUUAUUAGCCAAAGUAUGGAGAUAGUGUAUUGGCACAAAAUUUAAAAAAAACUUAAAAUGAUCCAUUUGUCAUCAUAACUUGGUAGCUGUAUCAAAAGUUCCACAAGGUUCUGGUCAUUCUACAUAUGCAACAAAGUGUUGCAAGGGGAUCAAUUUGUCCUUGGAUUUCAGAACUAAAUGUGUGCAGGAGUGUCUAGGAGUAUGCAGUUAUUGUCCAUCCGUUCUUCAAAUUCCACUGAUCUUGCAGGAUCUGAAGGUGCAGGGGUCAGUGGAAGUGACUGUCAAACUCCUCCACACAUUUAGAGCUAGCAACUAAAAGUGAAUUUCUCCCCAAGUGCCUAACAUAUCCUAAUUAGAUACUAAGUUCUAAAUUGCUGGUAGAAGCAUUGUAAGUUAAAUAAAAUAAAUUAAUUUCAAAUUUUGUAUCGAAGAAUAACUGCGUAAAAAUCCAAUGCUGCUUUAUGUGAUCCUACAUUGUUGAGCUAAUGGAUCAGACAAUGCAAGAGGAGAAUAAUUUCUUGCAAUUUUUUGUGCAUUUUGCAGCAUUUUAUUGCUUAAUAUUUUAAAUUAAAUAGUGCUGUUCAUAUCCGAAAAACUUAAUUUAUAUUGCUGCCUAACUCGUCAAUUGCAAAGUCAUUUUUUAAAACAUUAACAUUGGUCUAACUUCUCAGGAACUUGGCUGGCAACUUAAUUUGGUUUUGCCUUACAUCUAACUGAAAGCUGGAUUAGGGGAUCAUAAUUUGAAACUACCAUUUUGCUUAUUGUCACAUAAUUUAUAACUGUACUGGUUAUGUUUAGCCUGUAAUCAUUUUUGCUCAUGUUAACUGAAGCAUCCUCAUAAUUUUUGUAGAAUUUCCCAAAAAAAAAACAAUUGGAAUAAGAGAUGAUGAACAGCACAUUUACAGACAAUAUCUGUAUUUAUACUAAUGAAUAUUAUUUCCAUUCUUAUUUUAGAAUUUUAUACACCAUUAACUCCUUUCAAAUAGAUCUGAAAGAGAAAGGUCAUAGAAAGACAUGCUAUAUAUAGGAUAAAAUGAUGGGGCUGGGACUAAUGGUCUAGGGCUGUUGGACUAGAUUAUACAUGUACAAGCAGUAAACAUCAUGGUUCUCAUGUAGAGACUGAAUCAUAAAUAUCUAAUUGGGUAAAGGUACCUUUAGUAAAGUUUGAUUUUAUUUAAUUUAUUAAAAAUACAAUUGCACCUACCUGUAUUGGAAACCAAUUCAUCAUUAGCAAGUUCAAUGACUGAACUAAGUACAAACUGCAAGAAAAUGUGGCAUCCAAGACACAGGCAAUGGUCAGUCAAUACAUCAUUAAAUUAAAAAGGGAGAAAAUGCAAGUGCUUAUUAACUGCUUCAGAGAAGUUGCUGCAAAUUACAAAGGUCUCUUUUAAGCCAAUAAAUUGAAUCAGUCUGUCGUAGCAUUUGAAUAACAAAAUAGAAGAGUGGAGAUAGCUGACUUGGAAUCUAUUAUAUAAAGGAUGUGCUCCCAUUUUGCAUUCCUACAGAUUUCUAAAUUAAUCUUGAACAGUAUUGGGAAGAGAUUUUAAUCUGCAAAGCUGCCAUGGUGUUCAGAUCAAAAGCAAUCUGUACCUGGGAAGGACAUAGUGAAUUAAUUUUGUACAGUAAAUAUAAUCUGAGAUAAGAAAAAGUUAAUUUUUUUGAAUUAAAGUAUAGAUGUACAUAAGAAUAUUUAAACUGGUCAGUGACUAUGGUGAUUGUGGCUUCGUACAGUUGUAUAAAUUGUUGUAGGAGCAUGAAUUAUAGUUAGCUAUUCUGCUGUUGAAAAUUAAAUGCGUACUUUAAAUUUGUUAUUUCUUGUUUUUACCCAUGAACUACAGGAGAAAUGCAUUACGGUUCCGAUUUGCUUAAUAGUAUUUUGGUUGUACACAAGCUCUCACCAUGUAUUUAAGUUGAUCUCUACUUGGUUGGGUCUUUUCCUUCCUAACUCAGAAAAUUGUGGAAUUGUUUAUUUCAGAGUCAUUAGAUAAUGCUGCAUUUGUGAUAUUAGAAAAUUAACUUUAUUUUUACAGGGACAAGCACUUUAGAAUUUUGUCUUUGUAAAAGUGGGAAUCAUGAUCAUAAUAUUUUGUGGUGGAAUACAACAGUUCUGUAGCACUUUCAAAGAUUAACAUUUCUCAGUUGUGUAGAAUCAUACAAUCGUUAAAUAAAUUCCCUCUGGUUCUGGCAUAUGAACUGGAAACUCCUGCAUGUUACCAUAACAUAUGCAGCUGCUAUAGAUUUCUUUGUAGGAUUGAUUUUUGCAUUGGGUACAUUUCAUUAAAUGUAGAUAAUUGAAGUAAUUGGUGAUUGUAAAAUGUUUAUUGUGAAAAUUAGAAUGAACUUCAAUGAUCACACUAUUCUUACUACAGCUUGAUUAUGACACUUUUUAAAAAUUACUACCUUUUAAUGUACUUCAGAACCUAUAUACUUUAUUCCAACCCAAGCACAAAACAUUGUGCUGUGGUAAUUAAAAAAUAAAUGCACUUUUUCCUGUCAUCUUUUAACCCCAGCACCCCAUAGUUAUAUUGUGUUUCUGUUUAUAUAAUUUUAAAAAGACAGGUGCUUACAAAGUACUUGGAUAAAAUAUGCAGUGUAAAGCCAUUUAUCAAUCACUAGGACCAAUACUGUACCUUCCAGCAUCUUAAUAUUCUGCAAGUAACAGGAAUUAUUGUACUACUCAAUGAACUGUAUAGAGAAGCUAUUAUUUUUCUGUAUUUUCAGUAAUUGUUUGCCCCUUGCAUUUAUAAUCUGCUAGAAACUGCAUAUGGUUUUCUGCAUUUAAAAUAAAAUAACCCAAAUUGAUGGAGGGAUUUUGGUGCAAGCUGCUGAUGAGAGCAAUUUCUCAGCAGCUGAAGAAUAACUGCAGUGAAGGAAAUUUUCAAUCAGAACUGUUUUUAAAAGGUGGUUAAUUUCAGACACAGUGGGGUAAGAUUUCUGAUCUGUUUCUAGUGGGGGGGAAGAAACAUCCGCAUAUUAAGUUCUUUCUCCCCUUUCACAGAAACUGUUUUCAGAGUUUUGCAGAAUCCAAAAUUUUCCUACAAACGCAUCUCAAUACUACUGCACUGAAAAUUUAGUCAAAUAUUUUCUCCCAUGCCAUUCAAAAGUAUUGCUAUCUUUUGAACGUUAGCCUUACUUUGGGUAAAUAUGUCAAUUUUAUUGUUUCUUUCAGAAUGCAUGACAGUUUACAUUGGGAAUUUUAUAAAACAUUAUAGAUCACAAUUUUAUUGAGCUUUAUAUACCAAUAACAGCAAAAUUGUAUUUCUCGAUGUUUCUUCAUUCCAUUACCCAAUUCUAUUUAAAUGCAUUAUGUACUUUCUUUUCCUUCCUACAUUCAGUACUUGUGCUUUCUCAAGCGACCAUCCAGUAAUUCAGCAAACACUUCAAUUCUUUUUAAACUCUUGGUUAAUUAAUUUUUUAUAAAUUAAUACUUAAACUUUAAAAACUUAAAAUAUUGUUUUGCAUCAGGGAUUCUAACACUCUAUCAAUAAAAUUAACUACAUUGCAAUCUUAUAGCCUCAUCUUCCAGUAGACCAGCUUGAAUAACUUAUUUGGAUAUUGUGCUAUCAUUUGGAUGAUAUAUAUAAAUGCACUAUGUACUUUCCCUCCUACAUCCAGUACUUGUGCUUUCCCAUAUGCCCAUCCAGUUUAUAUAUUUUUUUGCCGUUUUUUUGUCAUGAAGCCCAGUUCUUUUUCUAAAGAUGAGCAUUUCAUCAUAAAUUUCAAAGCUGUAUCCCUCUCUCCUGCAGACCAUAAACAUGCUGGCAUUUGCUGAUUUAUUUGUUCUAUGGAAACCUGCUCAUAUAAUAAAAAUUAAAUUGGGCUGAACCCAAGAACAGUUGUGUUCGAAUAAACUGUAGCUUAGUGAAACAAAAAAUGUAAGCAUUGCAUACAAUAAAAAUCCUCAUUGGGUUGCACUGUCUAGCAUUAGUAAAUAACAUUGGUCAUUCAGCUAUACUACUUAAAUCAUUCAAAAGUACUUGCAAACUUGCUUAUUUUAAUCUUGCUUUAAUAGGACUUGUACUGAAGUUUAGGAAAGUUAUCUCUGACAACUUUGUCUAGACUGUAAAACUAGAAUUAAUGUCCAGUAUCUUGUAAAUAAUUAUUUGAACCAAGUUGAUGGAGUAUUACUAUGGGAAUCUAUAAUGUGAUUCCUUUGAGGUUAAAUAAUAUAUCACCUUAAUAACCCUGAUACUGUUGUUUUGAUUAAAACACUUAACUACAUUCACACUUCUAAUAGUAUUGUCUGACCCCUAAAUUACACUUUCUGACUGCAGAGUGCAAUCUGUUAACCAAUUAAAAAGGGCAAUUUUUUGAAGAAAAGGUUAAUGUGUUUAAUAGCUACUGCAUUGUUGCAUAUGCUACUUAGAAGGUAAUUGUCUGCAUUGUUUUCACUUUUUAUGGUAAUUCUUCAAAAUGGAGUAUCUAUAUCUUUCCGGUUGAGAAAUGAUAUCACUGUAAUUCCAGUAUGUCAAUGUGUCAGUGUCGUUGUGUAGAAAUAAAUGGUAAAGCUUAGCCUGGU